AUGGCUCGCGUAGGCUUGUUAACUUGCUAUGCUGGACUGAUGGCGAGUGUGGCCGCACCGAACUUCUCAUUAGCUCUUUCGCUGCGCUCUGCCGCAGGAAUCUUUCAGGAAAACCGUCUUAGUUCAACACUAUAUGUGUCCACUGAGAAGACGCCGCCAACAGCGGAAGAUAAAACCAAUGAAUGCCUGACGAUCAUAAACACCUUGAGAACGGAAAACUUCAAUGGCCUAUUGACAGCGCUCGCAACGGCAGACGACGGUGAAGUGACUGCAAGCUUGGAUAAAAUCCAAAAGAAGACUUUGGAGAGUCCCACUGCUAAAAAAAUUGCGGAAGCUCUUGCAGGUGACGAUGCAACUACAUGUGACCUCGCAGCAAGCGCGAAUGCGGAAACGUAUCCCGGACUCGUGAUUCCGUUUGCAUACAAUACGACUUUCGACUGCAAAGCGUUAAUCCGAGCUACUUACGAAGCUGGGCUCAGCCACCUCAGAGAGUCGAGCUUUGACCCGUCAACAGACACAUAUAACGUUACACUUGCCCCAUUUAAUAAUGUAGCGGCCAGCAAUACGGCGUUUUUACUGUCGUCUAAAAGCGCCAAGGUAUCAUGUGCUGCCACCAAGAACUGCGAAGCCGGACAGAACGUUUUAUUCUGCUACUUCAUAGAUCCACUCCAAACUGGUGAUGCUCCAUUCACAACUGAAGUCUACAAUGCUCUCUGGGGAGUGGGCAAAGGUGCGGCGUCUAUCUUGGUUCCCAGCGUCUCAACUGCUCUCUUGUCCCUCGCCUUGACCAUUCUGACUUAA